UGUCGGCCUCAUCCUGGAGUCCCCGUAGUGGGACCAGACCAUGAGCCUCUGGUCUGCCUGGCCUCGUCGCCGCUGGCCCCGCUGCACUCCAGCAAGGCCAAGAUGAAAAAGCUCCCGAAGAAGAGCCAGAACGAGAAGUACCGGCUGAAGUACCUGCGGCUGCGAAAAGCGGCCAAGGCCACGGUGUUUGAAAAUGCUGCUAUUUGUGAUGAAAUUGCUCGUCUUGAGGAAAAAUUUCUUAAAGCAAAAGAAGAAAGAAGGUACUUGCUGAAGAAGCUCCUUCAACUUCAGGCUCUAACUGAAGGAGAAAUACAGGCUGCAGCUCCUUCCCACAGCUCCAGUUUGCCCCUGACUUAUGGUGUGGCCAGCUCUGUGGGAACUAUACAGGGAGCUGGACCCAUUUCUGGGCCCAGCACUGGGGCAGAGGAACCAUUUGGGAAGAAAUCCAAGAAGGAGAAAAAAGAAAAAGGCAAAGAGAACAGCAAACUGGAAGUUCUGAAGAAAACAAUCAAGAAAAAGAAAAUGGAGGGAGGUGCUCGCAAGCUGGUUCAGCCCAUUGCCCUGGAUCCCUCAGGACGGCCUGUGUUCCCCAUCGGACUAGGGGGUCUAACAGUAUAUAGCCUGGGGGAGAUCAUCACCGACCGACCUGGCUUCCAUGAUGAGAAUGCCAUCUACCCUGUGGGCUAUUGCAGUACUCGGGUGUAUGCCAGCAUGAAGUGCCCAGACCAGAAGUGUCUGUAUACCUGUCAGAUCAAGGAUGGUGGUGUGCAGCCGCAGUUUGAAAUCGUUCCUGAAGAUGACCCCCAGAAUGCUAUUGUUGGCUCUUCUGCAGAUGCUUGUCAUGCAGAACUGCUCAGGACCAUAAGUGCUACUAAGGGGGAAUUAAUGCCUAACCUGCUUCCAUCUGGAGCUGAAUUUUUUGGAUUUUCUCAUCCAACUAUUCACAACCUGAUUCAGAGUUGUCCAGGAGCUCGAAAAUGUGUCAAUUACCAGUGGGUGAAAUUUGAUGUGUGCAAACCUGGAGAGGGGCAGCUACCCCAGGGACUCCCAGAGAAUGAUGUAGCUGUGAGUUUUGAAGCCUUUCAGAGACAGACCUUUGAUGAAGAGCAUAAUGAUCCCAUUCUACCAGGAUCCUUGGAGCUCCCUGAGCUUCAACCUGCAGCCUUUGUGUCAUCCUACCAGCCGGGGUUCCUGACACAGGGACCCUUGGUGGAUACUCACCUGCAACACCUGAAGUCUCCAUCACAGUGCAAUCCAGUUCAAUCUUCAGAUUAAACAAAGAGGGAUCAGAGUCCACAUCGUUUUCAUCAGGAUGGAUUUUUAACUUAAACUAAAAUUUAGAAUAUAUGGAAGAAGGCAGCAGUUCAGGAGUAAAGAAGACAUUAUCUUGUCAUAGAAGUUUCUAUGGUGACAGGUUACCCUGGAAAAACUGUGUUGAUUUAUUUUUAGUAAUAAAUUUCUCUUGACAAUUUUG